AAACGCCCCGUGUGUGCCUGCGUGCGUGUACGUGUGUGUGUGAGAAAGAGAAAGAACUGAAUUGACUCUGAGUUGUAAUAAUAAGGUGGCGUUGUUUAUCCAAAGAGAAGGGGCUGGACGUGGUCUGAAUUCAGAGCCAACGUUUUCUUUACUUCAAUUUCCUUCUCUUCAUCAAACAUUCAGGAGUCUAACACAAACCGCAGCGUCGAGCGAGCAAGGUCAAGAGCAGUGGCAGCCCGCGAGCUGUCAGAGGCACUGGCCCGCCGCGGAUCCCGGUAGUUUGCGGAGAAAACCUAUAUUGAGUUGUAUCGGGAGAGCAAACGGACUGAACGAACGGAAAGCUGGAGGAAAGUUGAGUGGAACCGAGUGGCACCAUGUUUAAUAAUCUGGGGACGUACGCCAACAAGAAGAGGAAGAAGCCUGUCCUCAAGCAGAAGAAGGUUGCUGACAACAAUGAAGUUGUUAAAUCGAACCCUUCCAAGCGCCACCGGGAUCGGCUAAAUGGGGAGCUGGACCGGCUGAUGGAGCUGCUGCCUUUCCCUGAUGAGGUUCGCUCCCGCCUGGACAAGCUCUCCGUCCUGCGCCUGAGCGUGGGAUAUCUCAGGGUCAAGAGCUAUUUUAAAGCUUCCAUGAAGAACGGUAAUGGCGGCCGGGUGCCUCUGGGGGUCAGCGGGCAGAACAUGGACUCCACUGGCUUCUCUGAAGGAGAGUUGCUGCUGCAGGCACUGAAUGGCUUUGUGUUGGUGGUGACGUCUGAAGGAAUGGUGUUUUACACCUCCCCUACCAUCAAAGACUAUCUGGGCUUCCAACAGUCAGACGUGGUCCACCAGAGUGUGUUUGAGCUCAUCCACACUGACGACCGAGCCUUGUUCAGAGAGCAGCUCCACUUUGCCUUAAACCCUCCUGCAGACACCUCCGAUGGAGACUUCUCCCAGAACUGUGGAAAUGCAGUGAUGUACAACCCGGAGCAGCUCCCCCCUGACAACUCCUCCUUCCUGGAGAGGAGCUUUUUCUGUCGCUUCCGAUGUCUCUUGGACAAUUCCUCCGGCUUCCUGGCCCUGAAGUUCCAUGGGCGCUUGAAGUACCUCCAUGGUCAAAACUUUUCCAGGGACAGUGAGAGCUGUAAAAGUAUCCAACUAGCUCUGUUUGCCAUCGCUGUGCCUGUCCAGUCUCCGUCAAUUGUGGAGAUCAGAGCCAAAAUGCUGCUCUUCCAGACACGGCACAAGCUGGACUUUACACCCACUGGCGUCGACAGCAGGGGGAAGAUAAUCCUGGGUUAUUCUGAGAUGGAGCUGUGUGUGAAAGGCUCAGGCUACCAGUUCAUCCAUGCUGCAGACAUGAUGUACUGUGCUGACAACCACAUCCGCAUGAUUAAAACAGGAGAGAGCGGUCUGACUGUAUUCAGACUGCUCAGCAAAUCCAACGGUUGGAUAUGGGUGAGCUCUAAUGCCAAGCUCAUCUUCAAAGGAGGGAGACCUGAGUUCAUCAUUGCAUACCAGAAAGCUUUAACCAAUGCUGAGGGAGAGGAGUACCUAAGAAAGCGGCGGCUGCAGCUGCCCUUCAGCUGUGCCACGGGAGAGGCCAUUCUCUACAACACGGGGCCCACUAUGGACAUCUCGCAGUUCCAGUUUGACAAAAUGUUUGACAGCAGAAAUACUAAGAGGGACUUGCACCCCACCUCCCUUUUGGACUGCUUCAUGAGUCAGGAUGAAAACAUGUACAGCCAGGCGGUGGACAACCCCUUACCUGUGGACGAAGUGUUCAUGGACACCCACGCUCUGGUCACUGUAGCCAGCAACGAGUGGCAGGAGAAGAACUCAUCAGAGGUGCCAGCUGAACCCGUGCUGAUGAAGAAAGAGGGCAAGCAGUCAGUGCUGGCUGUAAUCGACAGCCUGGAGAAGCUGACUCACAGCGGAGACUUUGAAGACAUUCUGGGGAACCUGGAGGUAGACGAUUCUGAGCUGAUGGAGUUGGAAAACUGCUUUAAGAGGUUCCACCAGGAAGAGGAUCCUCAGAGAAGUUCUGGCUCGGAUCUGGACAACUUCAUCACCGAUGAGAUUGUAGACUUUAUUGACUCGAUGUUCAAAGAGAAGGGGGGGGAGUGCUUGAACAGCCUCACCUCGAGCUGCCUUACAGAUGUCAACAAUUUCUCAUCCUCUGAACUGUGUGAGCCACAGCUCUUCCACACUCCCGACCCCAGUUGUUCUUACUCUCCUGUGAGCAGCUGCUAUGAACACCUAGAUGACUCUGUGCUUUCAGGCCAGAGUCUGGCUGUGUCCGCUCCGAUGGGCAGCAGGAGCCACAGACAGUCCCAACAGGGUCACACUGACAGCAGUCUGCCGCCGCUGCAGCAGCUGCAGCUGCAUGACAUCUUCAGCCCGGCUAUAGAGCUCCCAGCGCUCACUGUACCCAACAACUCAGUGACAGAGGCCUUCCCUUCUACCCAACCCUGCCAGAAUCAGCAGGCAUCCAUCAUGCCAGCUCGAUGUUCUCAGGGCACUUCAGCUCAGGCCCAGCAGCUCCUGCAGCUGGGAAACAGGAUGGAGGGACCAGAACUUGCAACUGGCCAGAUCCUGCAAAAUUCUGCUCAACAUCUGAGCAACACAGCACCUGGUGAAAAAACUGUCCUGCCACCCACAAUUCCCUAUAGCAAAUUCACCUCCACACCUCCUGGUGAUCCAAAGUUUCUGCAGAAGGGUCUGGUGUGUGAGAAUCACAGCGCUCCUGUGCAGCAGUGGCCUAAGAGCCAGCAGCAGACGCUGCCACAUGCUGGCAUCAUCCAGAACGGACAUGAGUCCAUGUCCACAUUCCAGAGCCAAAAUCCAGGGAGCCAAACAUUCCCUAGUUCCAGCUUCUGUCCAGGCAAUGUCAGCAGACUGAGACACCUGGAGCAAGGGGGUCUGAGACCAGCCGGCAGCCAGGACCCCUUCAGCAGCUGGAUACUCCAGCAGCACUUCUCCUCCAACUCAGCAGGGGUAAAACUUCUAUCUCACUAUGGUUCCCCAGAUCUCAACUUGGCCAAUGUGCCUCCGGAUCAGAGUACCAACUACCUACAGUGGAGCCACAGUGAACUUCCAGUGGGCCCGUCAGCCAUCAACCAGGAGAUGGCCAACAUCGGCCCUCUGGCUCUUGGCAUGGCGCCUGCAGAGGACUCCUGUAACAUACAGCACUACCUGGACAGCAACACACAGACACAGCAGAACAGCGGAGUAUCCACUCAGGCUCAAGGAAUCUUCAUCAAUCAUGUUCCCAUGGAGUAGAACGCAGCCUCAUCCAUCGUCCGCACGGCGACACAAACUCAGUAUAGCUUGCCUGUAUCAGUGCUUAUCCAUAUUGCAUAUGUUCUAAUAUUAUAUAUGUGUUUUAUACUUCUUUGUACAAUUACACAAAUGCUCUUCUCUCUGCUUGUCAACUGUUGCUUCCGUGACGAUAUACAGUAGUAACAAUGAAGUAUGAAUUUACAAGUGUGUUUACCAGGAUGCAGAUGGAGCCAACCAAAGAUGUUUUAUAAGGGAAACCUGAGCUCCUUCCAACACAUCUCAACUUGAUGUUUUAUUGCAAUCACUAAGGUUUUUCUAAAGGACUUAGUAAUCUGGUUAAAAAUAUUGAACUGUGCCUUCAAAUGAAUAAGAUAUCAGAUGAAAUAUGUACAUUUUAAAUGAAACUGUAAAACUAGUUGAUGUAAUUGUAUAUUUAUUUGUUUAAUUUUUUAUGUGCCUUUUUUUAGGUUUGUUUGUUACAUCAGAAUGCUUUGGCUCUUGAAACCCCACAUAUGCAGAAUGCAUCAGCAUAUGUUCAUUUAUGUGCAGUCUAUUGAAAAGCACUUCUUGGAAAAAUGAUUCUAGAGAUUUUGUGUUUGAACAAACGAGCACUCCACUGCACCUUUGCACCCAAUCCAUUAGAUCCCAUCUGGACUUCACUUAAAGUGCCUUCUGCAGUCUCACUAGGUAUAUAAAAGCCAUUUACAUUCAUCUCUACAACAAGCUAAUAACCAAAGCUUCCAGGACAUUGUCCCCUCACACAAGUGUUUAAUUUCAAGCCAUUUAGCUGCUUCUGUAAAACCAGAAAAGACUGAGAAAACAUGCAGCCGAAAGUUCAGCCUCCAGACUCCAACACAGCCAUUGAAAUGUAAAAUGUUAUUUCUAAUGAAAGAAUACCUGUUAAUUGAUCAAGUAUAUGCAGUAGAUGAUUCAGCCCAAAAUAAAUUUAGAACUCCAUAUAAUGAUAUGCUUGUAUCUGAUCUGAACACCUUCUGUAGCCACUAUUUACUGUCAGACCUGAACUGAUCUUUGUAGUUCUGAAAUGUAAUACCAAACACAAGCACUAGGUGUCAGUCACAAACUAGUGCACAUUUUUCAAAUUGAUGAGAUUUGUGUGCUCAACAUAUUUGAGAAAAUAAUUGCAGUAAAAUAAAAAAGAAUAAUCUUGAAGUUUAUAUAAAGCUAUUGUCAGUCCAGAAGGGGGGCCCAGAAUAUCUUUCUUUGAUAUUUAUUAACUAUUUAUGUGUUUGUUGCUUCACAAGCAUUUCUAAAAUUUUCUAAAAAGUCAUUGUAAAACCUAAGUACAUCUUAUUUUAAUUCUAAGGCUUUCAAAAAUUAGAACAUGAUAAAAGAGAUGUGGUUGUUAGCAAGUCCUGAGAAUUUUAAAUCUAACUUCAGAACAAAACAGUUUCUACAUUCUGCUGUAAUUUAUUAAAUAAAUGCAAAAUGGAGGAGAUGUUUAUGAUAAACUUAGAGCACCCUAUUAUCCAGUAUUCUCAGCAUCCUCCUUUGGCAGAAAUGAUGUAAUUAAAAUCUCAUUUGUUAUUAGCAUGACGUGGUUUUAGCCUAGCUUCAGGCAGCUUACCUCACGAGGAACACUUUGGAACAUAGAGGAGAUAAUAGGCAGUCUAAUGCCUGUUAGAAAUUACUUAGAGAUUGACUCCUCAAAGAAAGGCAACUGUCCUCAGCGGUUUCCAGAACCAUCUGAAAAAGCAUUGCUCUUCAUCCUGUUCCUGGAAACUGUUGCUUUAAAACCAGAUUGGCCCUUUGGAUCAGUGGACUCCGAUAGAUCUGGAGUGGUGCUGUGACCCAGUCUGGACACAUGUGACUCCAUAUUAAAACACACAUCUACUCUUCCAAUUUCCCCCUGCUGAGAUCCCUGCACAUGAACUAGAGUAGAAAAUGUUGUGAUCACACUACAGAGUUCCAGCCCAGGUUGAAAAAAAUAGUAACAAGGUCCUUUGUUCGUUGGAAUGCAAGCUUCCAAAUGCCCUGUGUGGCUAUGUGGCGUCAGAUUGUUGACAAUAGCUUAAGAGGUAUUGAAACAACAAGCAGAUGAAUAUGAGACUGGCUCAGACUUGUGAUUCAAACACUGAACUCCAAAACAAAGACACACCCAAACUUGUGCCCUGUGCCUUCAGAUAAAUCCUAACUUUCAGCAGAAAUUUCAUGUUGUUGUAGAGAACGUGUUGCUUUGUAUCUACAUGGUUCUCUGUAUCAGAAAGUACAUACAUUUGCAUCCAGCCAGGACAAACCAUGACAAGGGAACAGUGGUGUGACCUGAUGAAAGAAAGUGAGAAUGUGACAAUGCUUUAAAAUCUCAACUUUCUUUGUUUCUCCAGCUUUUUCUAUUCUUUUUGUAAAAUUCUUCACACUACAGAACAAUGUUGGGGGUCUCAAAGCCAAGCUAGAUCUGCAGUAACAUGGCAGCUUCAUGGAUUCCUGCUCUUCUCUAGGAAACCACUCAGUAUUUAAAUUUCCUUCACAACUGUCAUGUAUAUUCAUGUGUAUAUUUUAAUGAAAACAUUAGAAUAUACAAAUGAUAAUUUGUAUUCAGUGAUAUUCUAAAGAUCUGAUUGUUGAGGCCUUCUUCAUGGCUGUUGUUGGAGAUGUUUCUGCUUCACCAGCAGGGGGAGCUCAGCUGUUGAACUAUGAUGACUGUAGCCACUAUGCAAAACUUGGAGCUGUACGUUUGAGUCAGAGCCAUGUUAGUGAGCAAACAUGUGCUCUGACAGCUGCCAUAUGUCUGCUCUUGUAUUAAAAAGAGGAAAGAAAAAUGUAAUUGAAUUUUAUCUAACCAAGUACUUAAACUAUAUCUUUAUCAUUAUAUAACAUGGCUUUGUAUACUGUUGUAUGCUUUUUUUUCAUAAACAUGUGCAAUCAUU